AUGGGCAGAAGAAUAUUGAAUGAUGCGCUGAGGACGAUCGUGAAUGCCGAGAAACGAGGUUUUGCCUCAGCUCAGCUUCAACCCAUCUCCGGUGUCAUGGCUUCCUUCCUUCAAAUCAUGAAGUAUCGAGGAUAUGUCAAAGAUUUCCAAGUACAUGAUCCUCAUAGAGUGGGUAAAAUAUCAGUCCAACUGCUGGGUAGGAUUAAUGACUGUCGUGCUCUGACAUAUAGGCAAGACAUCAAAGUACAUAACAUCGAGGAUUAUACCAAACGUAAACUUCCUACGCAUCAGUGGGGCUAUGUAGUAAUAAGUACGCCAAACGGUGUGAUGGACCAUGAAGAGGCAAUUCGACAGAAUGUCGGUGGUCAAGUUCUUGGGUUGCCACUACAAGAAGUGCCUACUAUGAGGGAUCGAACAUUUGUUGUUGUCAUGCUCUGCCAAAACACUUGCAAUUGGUUUUUCUUCCAUUUUUCUGGUUUAGCUGUAGAGGUCCUUGCUUGGGAGUUGGGAAGCAUUAUGUUACAAUUUUCUCUGCUGUAA